AUGACGACGACGAUGGUUUCGUUAAUUACGAUCUCGAGUUUGAUUCUUUGUGUCGGCGGUGGCAUCGACGCGUUCAGGAUCAAGAUCAAUAAUCAAGAGUGCGAGCUAGAUUUAGUUCAAGUCCUUUUCCGACACGGCGAUCGUUACCCGACCCCCGAGGAGAUCUAUCCGCUCGAUCCCUACAAUCUCAAGUACUAUGGGCCGAAACAGUAUGGACAAUUAACAAAUGUUGGCAAGAAACGUGCCCACAAGCUCGGCAAAAUGCUGCGCCGACGUUACGACUCUCAUCUCGGCGAGUACGAGCACGGCGACGUCUACGGCUACAGCACCGAUCUCGAUCGCACCAAGAUGACCCUCCAGCUGGUACUGGCCGGGCUGUAUCCGCCCAGCAAGACGACGGCCUGGAGCGACUCGAUCGGUUGGUCGCCCAUACCGUAUCAGUCCGACAGGUCGGGCAAAAAUUUCUUGAUGACCAAUCACUGUAAGAGAUUCGAUCGACACUUCGACGAGGCGUUAAAUUCGCCCGAAUUAAAGGCGCAUUACAAGAAGUACGAGCGCGAGUUUAAUUACGUGAAGAAUAAAACCGACGCCAAUUGGGAAAAGCCACUGAUGUCAAUGUUCUUCCUGCACAAUCACCUCAAAGCCAUCAUGAGCAUGGGACUGCCCUUGCCCGAAUGGUCCGCACCGGUGAUCGAUUCGCUGGAGGAGCUGACCAACAUAACUUAUCAAGCGAUGAUACACACGCCGUCCUUGGUGAGAAUGACGGCCGGCCCGACGAUAGAGAAGAUGCUGAGCAACAUGCUGGGCAACGACAAGGAGAGAAAGAUAUUUUUGUACAGCGCGCACGACGUGAACGUGGCGCACAUUCUGAGGGCGCACAGAAUCACGACGGCGCCGGCGCUGGCGGAUUUCGCCUCGGCCGUCCUCGUGGAGAAGUACAGCAAUUCGCGAAACGAGUCGUUCGUGAAGAUGCUGUAUUGGACGGGCCCGUCGGAAGAGCUGAUCACCCUGACGAUUCCGAGCUGUGGUCAAUUCUGUCCGUUGGAGAAGUACGCAAGACUGGUGGAGAACGUUCUGCCGGACGCGUUGGAUCGGGAGUGCACCGUUUGGAAGGAUUGCUCGGACAAGCAGACCGGAAUGCUUUAUAGCUUGGCUAAAAAAACGAAGAACGAAAUAAAGAAAUUGAGAAAAUGAUUUUUAAUUUAUAGCGAAAUUUUUUUGAUUAAUUAACAUAAAUUCCAUUCGAUAAAUAAAAUUUCAGAGAUUAGAAGCAAGGACUACAGUCGCGGAAUAGUACUAUAGGUAGAUAGAUUUUGAAGUGAAAAGUCGAGGAAAUUUCACUAUGUCAGCUUUGGAAAAGCAAAGAUUAGAAGACAAGAGUGGCAUUAUAGAAAAACUUAAGAAGCACAACACACAAUCCAUAAGCUACUGUGUCAAAGAUGCCAUUCUUUACUUUUUACUUGAAAAUUAUGAUUGCAUGAAAAAACCGACUCCAAAAAAAUGCCUAAAUUACGGAUUUUACUAGCGCCAAAAAUUAA